AUGGAAAACAAUAAUACCUGGCGAACAGGAAUACAUGAAUACGGUAAUACAGGGAGAUCAGGAAUACAGGGAGAACAGAAAUACAGGGAGAACAGAAAUACAGAGAAUACAGUAAUGCAGGGAGAACAAGAAUACAGGGAGAACAAGAAUACAGGGAAAACAAGAAUACACGGAGAACAGAAAUACAGGGAGAUCAGGAAUACAGAGAAUACAGUAAUACAGGGAGAACAAAUACAUAGAGAACAGGAAUACAGAGAAUACAGUAAUACAGGGAGAACAAGAAUACAUGGAGAACAGGAAUACAUGGAGAACAGGAAUACAUGGAGAACAGGAAUACAGGGAGAACAGGAAUACAGAGAGAACAGGAAUACAAGGAGAACAGGAAUACAGGGAGAACAAGAAUACAGGGAGAACAAGAAUACAGGGAGAACAAGAAGACACGGAGAACAGGAAUACAGGGAGAUCAGGAAUACAGAGAAUACAAACUGGAAGAACAGAGAGAACAGUGAGAACAAUGAGAAUAGUAAUAACAGGGAGAACAGGGAAAACGGGGAAAACAGGGAGAACGGAGAGAACAGGGAGAACAGGGAGAACUCGGAGAACAGGGAGGACAGGAAGAACAGGGAGAACAGGGAGAACAGGGAGAACAGGGAGAACAGGGAGAACAGGGAGAAAUGGGAGAAAUGGGAGAACAAUAAAAUUAGGAAAAGAUGGAGAAAGCGUAUUUUCAGAAUUAUGGUUUUGAAUAAAAUGUUGAUGGAUUUUUCAUCCGAUAUUGUAAGGUACUUGAGGUAUGAUUAA